AUGCAAAGGUGGAGGCACGACGAGAUCAAGGCUCAGGAGAUUGGAAAACAAAAAUCUGUCAUUUUUAACCCAAAUCCCAAAUUUUGCAUACAUCGUAUAAAAUGGCCCCGCAGUCUGCGGCAAAGCCUGGGCGCAACUCGAACCGCGGAAUUUCUCUUCCAAAACUUUUUCUGAUCAUUUUUUUGUCUAGUGCGCAGUUGGUUCUCUUGGAACAAAACAUGGAGGAAUCCGGCUCUGACCUGCCAAAUUUCUCCUCCUUGGACAUGACACUUAAUCCAGGAGGAUACCAAUUUUUCUGAGCCGUGGUAAGCGUGUUUUUGGUGUUAUUUUUUAUAUUUUUUAGGUUAUUUUCCUUUCGAUAAAGGUCUACGGCGGUUUUACAAAGGAAUUUCGGUCAAUAAUGACCGAAAUGAGAAAGAUUUUAUAUUGUUUUAGACUUUAAACUGAUUGUUUUAUUUCUAGAGCAAAUGUCCGACGAAUUGCUCAGGGAAAUGGCCGAAGUGGACCUGGAAUGUGAACGUCAGUUCGGGAAGUACUUGCACCCAAACCGGGUCGUCAAAGAAGAACCGAAGUCGAAACCUUUGGAGGAGAAGAACCGAGAGUUGGAAGCCACAGUAAAAGAACUCCGUCUGGAGGUGGCUUUCGGGAAACGGAAAAUCCAACAAUUAGAGUCGAUGCUGAACAGUGGGCAAGGAUCUUCGGCAACAGCUUCAUCGGAAGUUCAGGUCGGAAUUGCGAAGAGGGACAGGCAUAUCGCCAAAUUACAAGAACAGCUACAACAGGCCAAAGAAUUCGCCGAAAAGCGAGUAGAACUCAAAAACCAGUUGGAGUCAGCUCUGGAAGAGGUUAAACGCUUGCAGGACCAACUGGAAGCGGUAUGUUCACUUUCUUCUUUUUGAUAUUGAUGUUUAGAAGGAAAAUCGGCCAGCCAGAGACCCGGAUGCCACGCAAAUCGUCCGAUUCCUCAAGGACAAUCCUAUAGAGACGGCUCAUCGACGAUCAACAGGACUUCAGAGUUUGGUGAGGAGUUUUUUCGAUCUAUUUUCUAGCACAAUAUCGCGAUGGUGAUUUUUUUUGUGUUUUUUGGUCAAAAAGUAGUGUCGUCUUUAGAGCUCUUCAGGAUCGUCCGCUCAAAGCUUUGGCCCAACGGAUUGCCUCGAAUGCAAAGGCCUUCAAGCCAAAAUCAAAGACCUGCAAGAAGAGAUCAGCGAAAGACGACGUAUAAGUCGGCGGUAUAUGGACACUGUCCAGAAACUUACCGGCUACAAGGUGCGCUUGCGAAAUGAGGACAUGGUGAAGGUUGUAACGGUGUUCGAUGAGAAGCAUGAAAUGCUCUUCGGCGUCAAUACGGACCCCACGUCGCGUGAUGGCGAAAUUGAGCUACUGCAAUGUCGAGGAUGGGAGAGACACAAAGACCUCACCGCCCGGCUUGGACCCGUCUCUGCCCCAGUCCUCUUGGCCCACAUUCUGAUCGCGCAAUUUGAGAAGGAGGAUGGAACCACCCUGUUCCAAGAGACCGCCACUUACUGCCAAACUGCCGAUAGCACCACUCAAAUUCUCGGAAAAUAA